ACCCCCUCCCUCGCCUGACACAUUCCUUACAUUCCUUCUUUUUUUAGAACUCAAUUCGCCACAAUCUCAGUCUCAACAAGAGCUUCGUAAGGGUCCCUCGUCCUAUCAACGAGCCCGGUAAAGGCAGUUACUGGACAGUGGAUCGACGUGUCGAUGAAGGCACGGCUGCAUCCAGAAGACGACGGAGCGAGUCGUAUAGCCAUGGUCGAUCUAUGUCCAUGGAUUCUGGAUCUACCUUGGUUAAAAACCAACCUCAUCAACAUCAUCAACGAUCUAGCAGUGCUGCCGUGGCUGCUGCUGCUGCAGCUGCUGCCGCCGCCGCCAACUCUAGAUACCGCCAUAGCUACGAUGGUUAUUAUCAAACAGCCCCCCCUCCAGGUCCCGAUUAUGCCAAUAUGAGUAACUUUGAUAUGUAUACCUGCCAACCUCCACCGUAUGGUUAUGGCAACGAUCAAUUUCAAUACAACAUGGCUUACAUGCCUCAACAACAACAACAACAAAACCAGCAGAUGACGCCAACCCCUUCGCCCACCUGGCCAUCGCAGGAAAGUGGUUACCCCAAGAUGCAACAACAAGAUUCUACCCCUCCAACACCCACGGGUGAUGACGAAAUCGCCGUGGAUGUGGAUGAUAGAGCAAAUUGGCUUCAACAAGUGGCCGUUUAAACUCUUACCCUGCCUUUUUCCAACCCUCCCCCCUUGUUCAAUUUGGUUUCAAGCUCGUUUUAUGUAAUGCAUCCUAUCUCUCUAUAUCUGUCUGUUCUCAGCCGCCGCUGCUGUUCCAUGGACUAUAGGCCAACCCAACAAAUUUGUUUUGUAUACACUCCAACCCAAGUCAUUUCUGCUCAAAUUACUCACCCCUCUUGUCGUU